AUGAUAUUUCUGUAUCCUGUCCUUCUGAAGGAGCGCAUGAAUGAAGUGAUAAUGCUACGAGAACGUGCGGUGAUAGCCGAGGAAAGGAUGGAGGCGCAGCAGCGCGAGACAGCACGCCUAUAUGAACGCUUAGCGGAGACGGAGAAAGAAGCUUCACGUCUCUCGCGUAGCCUCUCUACGGAGCGCUUUGAGCGCGAGCGCCUCUCCACCGAACUGCGAUCCGUUCCCGCCACAUACCAUGCCUCGGGCUAUUCUGGGAGCUCGGGGCGGUACACAACGUCGCGACUUCGUUCGCCACGUCGCGAAAAGGAGGAAAUUUAG